AUGUCUCGGUGGUCAUGGUCAGCGACACUAUUGGCCAUUUCGACGACGUUGCUAUUCUCCGAGUACAGUAGCGCGCUCUCCUACAAUCCCAUCGCCGUCCCUAUUGCAGUGAAAACGCCCUAUUUAAACACAUGGUUUACUGGAGGACGCGGCUCAGCCGGUCAAAUGGGUCGUAACUGGGAGGUUUCAGGCGGAAAUGGCGGAAUAACCGCUUGGCAAGGCUUUGCUAGAGUGGAUAAUACGACUUAUAGUUUCAUGGGUGGCGCUUCUGCUGCAGGCGCCUGGAUUGGUAAUGCUGCUACGCCGCGUAGUCUCGAGGUGACUGCUUCACAAACAGUAUACACCUUCAGCUGCGGAGGGAUUGACAUCGAAGCAAGAUUCCUCAAUCCCAUCGAACCGCAAGACCUGACGAGAACAUCGCUUCCAUUCAGCUACCUUGCUGUCACAGCGACACCCAACGAUGGGAGAACGCACAACGUGCAAAUUUAUGCGGACGUUUCUGGCGAGUGGUUGAGCGAUAGCACUACGGACAAUAUGACUUGGUCAACGCAAACAACAGAGAAGAUAGUGUACCACCGCGCACAGCUUACUACCAGGGUACCUUAUGGCGUAUCAGAUAACCGAAUACGCGAUGGUCAGCUAUUCUAUGGCAUGCUUCUCGACACUGGUGUGACCUACCAAACUGCCUCGGAUACUGUCCUCCGACUUGGGUUCCAAAGUGGCGGCCGGCUAAACGGCACUGCAGACACCAAUCCGCGAGCCAUUGGUGACAACUGGCCAUGUCUAGCUCUCUCAAGAGAUUUUGGGGAUAUUUCAUCGACUGCCGGACCCGUCGUAUUCGGCAUUGGGUUAACAAGAGACCAAGCUGUCUCCUACACAACACGUAGUGGACAAAAGCAGGACCGCUCGCUAUACUAUCGCUCAGUGUUUACUUCUGACGCCGAUGCACUCUCGUUCUUCUUGACCGAUUUUACCAAUUCCCUCGCCUCUGCGAACGGCUUUGAUAACAAACUCAGUGCUGCUGCAUCGCAAAUUUCCGGCACCUAUUCAGAUCUGGCCAUCAUGGCAGCGCGUCAAACAUUUGCAAACAUGGAGCUCACCGUCUCCACCGGUUCAGACGGCAAGCUCAAUACCACAGACACCCUGGCGUUUUUAGGUUUAAAAGGUGUCAAUAACAUGGAAGAAAUCUAUGCAUCUGCGCCAUUCUGGAUCUACGCAAACCCUGCCUUACUUCGAGCGAUGCUCCUACCCAUCAUAGACUAUCACCGCCGUUCGUCGGAUAAGCCCUAUGUCACAGACGACAUAGGAGAUGUGUAUCCGGUUGCGACUGGACCAAGUUCUUCUGCCUUGCGACCCAAAGCGCUCGAGUCGACUGGGAAUAUGCUCAUUGUAACUGCAGCAUUGAUACGUGUCACUGGGGACAUGUCUCUUUUCUCAGAUAAUGCGGAUCUGUAUAAGACAUGGGCAGAUUAUUUAAAAGACAACGCACUAUAUCCAGGACAACAGCAAACGACUGAUGGCGAGACUAUUGGAUUUCCCACAAAUGACACCAAUCUAGCGCUCAAAGCCAUUAUUGCUCUGAAAGCAUACGCGGAUAUACUGACGUCGAUGGGCGAGGACGCAAAGCCUACGAGAAUGCCGCUCGCGACUACGCGGCGAAAUGGCAAGAAUUGGCCAAGGCAUCGAAUGCGUUUGGCAGAAAAAUAUGGAAUGCCGCUGAGUAGCGAAACCACGACGACGUCUCCUCAUUGGAUGGUCUGGGCUGCAGCUCUCGUUCCAGAUGUUCAGACCCGCGAUGCGAUUCUGAGCAAGGUUCAAUAUUACCUGCAGAAUGGAGCGGACUCCCUUCCUUGGCCUAGCACAUACAGCAGCACCAUGGGGAACCGAACCUCCACGGGUGGUUCCAAUCGACCAGAUAUCGGCGGUGUGUAUGCAUUGCUGGUCAAAGACCUUGCGUCCGUCCAGUCGGGUGGCUCGCCUCAUGCAUCCUCUGCAUUCAGGAUGUUUAUUCCAUCAUCGCUGGUCUUCUCUUUGUUUGCUCUUGUUGUCCUGGCAUUACGCGGCGUAUAA